UUCACCAUAUUCAUAAUGAACAUGAAAUGACUUAUACAAAAUGAACAGAAUGUAAUCAACGAUUAAUUGGCCUACAAAUUUUGGUUUUAGAUUGUGCAUAACUAGGCAAAUCAUUGUAGCCUACCGAAUCUAAUUAGCAUAGAUAGAUCAUUUUGUCGUAGAGGUGUAGAAGACGAGGUGGUUAUUUUUUUUUUUACCUAUAUUGCCAUCGAGCUUUAUCAUCUAUGCCACCUUUGUUGAACAUCGUCGUCGUUAUUCUCACCUGAGUUAUCCUUUCCUGGGGUGGAUUAUAUUUGAACGUAAACCCUAAAAAUCACCCCACGGACCUAAAGUAAUUUACUAAAGAUGAACUCCUUCUUGAUAGAGAAAGCAAUGAACAGCGACGCCAUUCUAAAGCGAGCCUUUGGCGGCGUGUACAUGCUAGACGAGCUACCCAGAGUCCCGGCUUUCCAGAGACCAAAAGCGUUCAUCUUCAACACAUCGACGCUACCCGGAGAACACUGGGUCUGCGCGUUCUUCCCACUCACCGGCCCAGCGGAGUACUUUGACCCGGCCGGGCAGAAACCGCGGCUGGAAUUUGUCUACUUCUUGAACAAACACAGCCGGAAAUGGCGCCGGAACGUCGAGCCGUUCCAGCCCCCUGAGUCCUGGACGUGCGGUCAGUUUUGUAUCUUCUAUCUGUCUCUGCGGAUCUGCAACAAAGACCCGUAUGACUUCCUCAGCAACAAGACCCUCCACCUCAACGAUUUUUUCGUGGAUGCGUUCGUCACCCGAUCGUUCAAACUGAACAGGAAAUACUGCAUUCAUUAAAAGCUUACUU